AACAUUUCUAGUGCUUUCCAAGCAAUUCGAUUCCAAUUCCCACACUCACCUUAGCAAUCAUUGUUAAAUAUUACCCCUGUUUGAAGCCACUCAGGUGGAAAAUUCAAAUUAAAUGCCUUUGAGAGUCUGACCAGUUUAUUGCACUCGCUGGUCCUAAAACAAUACGUACGUAGUCCUUUGAAGAACAAAAGCGCUCUGAGACAAUUGAGACUGAUCUCGCCUCAUUAGAACGGAACAAGUAUUACCAUCAUCAUUCUAAGAUAUAAAGAGAAAGGAUAAUUUCUCUAUUCGAAUUCGACAGGCAACGAGGGGAAGAAGUGUAGUGAAUAGAAUAAAUUAAAUUUCCGUCAGCCUCGUCUUGGUGUUUCUACAAUCUGCAGCAACAGCAUGCCAACAGACCGGAAGAUGGGCGCUAUGAAAAAGAUGACCGAAAGACAACCGGCAACCGAGCGGGUGCACCCAAGCAUGGAGCCCAUUGUACGCGAUGGUAAAAUACGUGAGCAAAUCGAGCUGGAGAGUAAGGUCCGCCGGGAGUAUCAGAAAAAGUGGGGCUUCAUUACGGAACCACAAUCGACCGAGUACUUUGACCUCAAGAAAAACAAUCAACGGCUGAAAGAGUUGCACCAGAAAAAGGAUCAGAAGGUUAAUCUACACGACUACAACGGUCACGGGGAGUCGUACUUUGUGUCGAAGCAGAUGUUCAAAACUCUUUUGGACACCUGUCGUUGUGGGAGGAAAAAGGUGUGUAAUUUGCACGCCCUCAAGUGUUUGCAAAAACCCAAGAGCACUUACGAGAAGACGGACGAUGAGGAGGAAGACGAAGAACGAGAAGCACGCAAAGAUGAAACGUCUAACGAUAAGAGUACGAAUUAUAUUCCCAAAGUGCCGGUACUGAGUUCAGGCAUGUACGGUUGGCCCCAGAACCGCUUCGUGGCCAUGGAAAGAACCACAUACUAUAUCUCGCCACGAUACACGAUGCCCAGCCACCCAAUUGUGGAUAGCCAACCCUACAAUAACAUCUUACUGGGAUAAAUUUCUCAUUUUCUACCGAUUCAACCAAACACAUUAAAUUUCAUC